GCGCCGUGCACGCGCUACCGCAGGGACCAGGACGGCACCUACGCCCUGAUGGCGCCGCCCCGCAAGGGCCUGCCGCCGCGGCUCCCGCAGCCGCCCGCGCCCCAGCUGCUGCUCUGCGGCGCCAGCGCGCCCUCGGCCGGGGCCCUGCGCUCCAGGUCGCAGCCCCUGCGGAGCAGCCCGCGCGAGCUGCUCCCGGCGAGCAGCUUCGACCGGCAGUCCGACGUGAGGGCGGGCCUGCUGCUGCGUCGCGCCCUGCUGCGCGCGGAGUCCUGCGGCAUGCCGCCGCCCUCGCAGGCGGGGCCUGCGGAGGCGCCAGACGCGGGCGGCUCCUCUGGCAGCAUGCCGCGGGCCGAGCCGCCGCUGCGUGCGGCCUCCGAGAGCCUGGGGCCGGCGCGGCGCCGGAAGCUGGAGCGGGGCUGGCGCCAGUCGGGCGCCAGCCUGCCGCCGCCGCGGCGCGACGCUGAGGGCCCGCCGUCGCCGGCGGCGGGCGACUGCGUGGAGGCGCACGGCGUCGGGGGCCACCCCGCGCUGCAGACGGGCUGGUCCCUGGACCUCGCCGUGCCUCAGUCGCCCAGGGCCGGCAGCAAGAAGGAGGCGCCUUCCAGGAUGAAGCUGGUGAGGUCCGUCUUCGCCGGGAGGCCGCCCGUGCUGCUCUUCGACUGCGGCCCUCAGGGUGGCGGUGGCGAGGCGUGCGCGCCGGGCAGGGCGAUGGAUGCCAGCGAGCUGCAGGCGGAGGGUCUCGCGGUGCUGCCGAAGAUGUACUUCACGCACCCGGUCACGCAGGACGUGCACGAGUACAACUCGGUCCUGAACACUCUGCGGGACAACGGUCUGAGCCGGGUCGAUCUGAGCUCGCCGAAGUGGUCUCUGCUCUGGGGUGGGCAUCCGACGCCCGAGGUGCUGCGGGCGUUCCACCCGUUCCAGAAGACGAACCACUUCCCAGCCUCCUGGCACCUCGGCCGCAAGGAUCUGCUCUGGCGGAACGUGUACAAAAUGCGGCGCCAGUGGGGGCGCGAGUACGACAUCAUGCCCCACGGGUUCGUGCUGCCGGACGACGCCAAGGCGUGGGAGACUGCGCGCCAGCAGAGCCCCGGCGCCCUCUGGAUCGUGAAGCCGCGCAACGCCGCCUGCGGGCGAGGCAUCCGCCUCUUCACCUCGUCCAUCCCGGCAGCGACAGAGAAGAAGGUGGUGCAGAAGGCGGGCGUGGUUCAGCAGUACGUGGACAGGCCCCUGCUGAUCAACGGGUUCAAGUUUGACCUCCGGCUGUACGUCGUGGUCACCUCCUACGAUCCUCUCAAGAUCUACCUCAACGGGGAGGGCCUCGUGCGCCUCGCCACGCAAAAGUACGAUCGCUCGGCGAGCAGCAUCGACCAGAGGACCAUGCACCUCACGAAUUACUCGGUCAACAAGCACUCCGCCGCGUAUAGGGUCAACCCCGACGGCGCCGCCGCGGCAGCGGGCCGCGCCUCGCGUGCCUCGGGCGCCUCGGCCGCGGCCGAGAGCGGCGAGGAGGACGACGGCGAGGACGCCGAGGCGGCGGGCGAGAAGGACGGCUCGCAGGGCGCCGCCGCGGGCGACCCGCCGGGCUCCUCCAAGUGGUCCCUGCAGGAGCUGCGGGACCACUUCGCGGCCAUCGGCCAGGACUACGACCUGAUGAUGGCACGGAUCAAGGACCUGCUCAUCAAGACGUGCCUGGCGGCCGAGCCCAUGAUCGUCAACGCCUGGCACCAGGGCGCAAACUUCUCGUCCCUGGGCGGCGCGCCCCUGAAGCGCGUCGGGCCGAACCAGACGUGCUUCGAGGUCUACGGCUUCGACGUGAUGGUCGACGAGCAGCUGAGGCCGUGGCUGCUGGAGGUGAACGUCUUCCCCUCCCUGUCCUCGUCCUCGCCGCUGGACAAGCGCAUCAAGACGAAGCUCAUCGCCGACGUGCUCACGCUCGUGGGGCUCCACCCCUUCAGCCACGAGCUCGUCGAGCGCGCCUCGAGGGAGGAGGCCACGAAGAGGCUGCAGAGCGUCCGACCCCGGCACGCGGCGGUCACCACCACCCGCGACGCGCAGUCGAUACAGGCCGCCGCCCUGAGGGACCUCGGCGAGGCCGAGUGGCGCCUCAUCCUGGACGCCCAUGACGAGGCCGCGCGCAGUGGCGGCCUGGAGCGCAUCUACCCCACGGUGGACACGCGGGAGCGGUACGCGCAGUACUUCUCCUCGCCCCGGUAUUCGAAUCAUGUGCUCGCGCGCUGGCUCGAGGCCGGGGGAGAGCGGCUGUUCGCCACGGGCUCCCCGAGCGAGCU